AUGAGCAAGUCUGCCAAAGAAAAUGAACAAGUCAGAAGAUCUGCAUUUAUGGCUGUAGAUUUGACUCCAACACCAGCUGAAUAUCUGAGUCUAGCCGCCCAAAUGCUAGUCGUAUCACAUUGGACCACCGUCCCGCAGGAUGAUUGGCCGGUCGAGAGUGUUUAUCAUCAAUUAUCAGUUUUCUUACCACUCGAAGAAGAACGAGCUGAACAUCUUCGUCGAGGGUCAACUCCCAACAAUACUUGGUGGUUGAGGCGCAGAUAUUGCCACUGGCGAAAGCUACUUGGACAGGUGAAGGCUCGUGGCAACAACGAUUCGGACGAUUUCAUAACAAUGAAUUGGGAGGACGAGAUUAUUGGGAUUAAACCGUUUAUUAAUUCAUAA